UCACGCAUAAUCCGUGCGCAUAUGGGCUCAGCUCCCGACCUGUAGAUAGUCCAAAAUCUCCGGUGACUGGGGCAGCCAGAGCACUACGGGUUUAUCCUGGUAGUUAUCGGGCAAAUACUUGGUUCGCCGCCCGAGUCUCUUCGUAAAAACAUAUGCUGCUCGUGCGACGCUUUCUCGAUCAUGCAGCCUCAUUUAACGUGUGUGGACAUCGGCCUUCCACGAUUUGUUGGAUCAGUCUGUGUGCUUUCCGGCCGAGUAUUCACCAACCACCACCGCGCAAUUUAUAUGUCAUGACACACUGGGGCGGAGAGAACCUGAUUCCCUACCGGCCAACCGAAUCGAUGUCGCUCAGUCUCGCCUGCUUAGCGGGGUUGUGCUCCUGCGCGCCGAGCCUGCAGCGCGUGUCGGACAAAUCCAACUCGUCCUCGCCUGCUGGCCUGUCGCCCCCCCCUUUCGCUGCUCGACCUCGACGAUAUCUUCCCAUUGCACACCACCAGGCUGGUUCACACGGGAUGGCCGCAUGCACCUUCAAUCAUGUGAUAUUCUGGAGGGUAACUGUCUCUCCAAUCAAUACCUUCAUCAUCCCCCAACUCGCAACAUCGCGGCUUGGGGUCGGCAGCUCGACAGCUCAAACAUGCACGCUCACCCUCCGGGCUCUGGCUUGAGAUAGAGCAUCCCGGACGAACGACUUGGCAGGAAGCGUCGAGGGAUUGAGUUUUUUUCCCUUUUUUUUCUUCUUUUCCCUAAUGGCGCUCGUUCAUUAGUUCCCUUCAUGCUUGCUUGUUGGCUCCGCCGCUACUCUCGGAGGCAGAUCACAUCAUAAACUAUAUUAUCUUCCCCGAACCUCGAUCGUUUUCUUCUGGCAUUGCCUUAUUACUAGUUCAUGCCGUUUUGCCAUCUAUUCACGGCAGCCGAACUGUUGGCGCAGGCUAGCAACCGUGGAUCGAGCCUCCGUUGGAGAAUCCCAUGCCGAACACCAC